UGGGUUCGCGUACCGCCGCGGGUCUCCUGCGCCGGUGGCGCGCAGUUCCCGGAGGACCGAUAAGCUGCGGAAACUGAGGGUAGCCGCCCGCCCGCCUUGGCUCCGUGCCUGCUCGCGCCCGUGAGCGGGCCGGGCCCGCCAUGGCUCACCGCUGCCUGCUGCUGUGGGGCCGGGGCGGCUGCCGUCGCGGCCUCCCUCCACUGCUAGUGCCCAGCGGCUGCCUAGGUCCUGGCCGGCGGCCUUGCCUCCGCACGCUUUAUCAAUACGCUACAGUACAAACAACAACGAGCAGGGAUUCUCUUCUGAGGGAUGUGAUUGCUGCUUAUCAGAGAUUCUGUUCUCGACCCCCCAAAGGAUUUGAAAAAUACUUUCCUAAUGGGAAAAAUGGAAAAAAGGCCAGUGAACCUAAGGAAGCUGUUGGAGAGAAAAAAGACUCACAACCAUCUGGUCCCCGGUCUUCUGGAGGUGCAGGUGGUGGGGGAGGGAAGCGCCGUGGCAAGAAAGAAGAUUCUCACUGGUGGUCCAGGUUCCAGAAGGGUGACUUUCCAUGGGAUGACAAGGAUUUCAGAAUGUACUUUCUCUGGACUGCUCUUUUUUGGGGUGGAGUCAUGAUUUACUUCAUGUUCAAGAGCUCUGGGCGAGAAAUCACGUGGAAAGACUUUGUCAAUAACUACCUGUCCAAAGGAGUGGUGGACAGACUAGAAGUUGUCAACAAGCGUUUUGUUCGUGUGACCUUUACACCAGGAAAAACGCCAGUUGAUGGGCAGUACGUCUGGUUUAAUAUUGGCAGUGUAGACACUUUUGAACGGAAUCUGGAGACUUUGCAGCAAGAAUUGGGCAUAGAAGGGGAGAACCGGGUACCUGUGGUCUACAUUGCUGAAAGUGAUGGUUCCUUCCUGCUGAGCAUGUUGCCCACAGUACUCAUUAUCGCUUUUCUGCUCUACACCAUAAGAAGAGGGCCUGCUGGCAUCGGUCGGACCGGCCGGGGAAUGGGUGGACUCUUCAGUGUUGGGGAGACCACGGCCAAGGUCUUAAAGGAUGAAAUAGAUGUGAAGUUCAAAGAUGUAGCCGGCUGUGAGGAGGCCAAGCUAGAAAUAAUGGAAUUUGUGAAUUUCUUGAAAAACCCAAAGCAGUAUCAAGACCUAGGAGCAAAAAUCCCAAAGGGCGCCAUUCUCACUGGUCCUCCAGGUACUGGGAAGACGCUGCUAGCUAAGGCCACAGCUGGAGAAGCCAAUGUCCCCUUCAUCACCGUCAGCGGAUCUGAGUUUCUGGAGAUGUUUGUUGGUGUUGGUCCAGCCAGAGUCCGAGACUUAUUUGCCCUUGCUCGGAAGAAUGCGCCUUGCAUUCUCUUCAUUGAUGAGAUUGAUGCUGUUGGAAGGAAGCGGGGUCGUGGCAACUUUGGAGGGCAGAGCGAGCAGGAGAACACCCUCAACCAGCUGCUUGUGGAGAUGGACGGCUUCAACACAACCACCAAUGUGGUCAUCCUGGCAGGCACCAAUCGGCCAGACAUCCUGGAUCCAGCUCUGUUGAGGCCAGGCCGAUUCGACAGGCAGAUCUUUAUUGGACCCCCAGAUAUAAAAGGACGAGCCUCAAUCUUCAAAGUUCACCUUCGACCAUUGAAACUAGACAGUGCCUUGGAAAAAGAUAAAUUGGCCAGAAAACUGGCGUCCUUAACCCCAGGGUUUUCCGGAGCUGAUGUUGCUAAUGUCUGCAAUGAAGCUGCUUUGAUUGCUGCAAGACACCUUUCAGAUGCCAUAAAUGAGAAGCACUUCGAGCAAGCCAUUGAGCGUGUGAUUGGAGGCUUGGAGAAAAAAACCCAAGUUCUGCAGCCUGAGGAGAAGAAGACGGUGGCUUACCACGAAGCAGGCCAUGCAGUCGCCGGCUGGUAUCUGGAGCACGCAGACCCGCUCUUAAAGGUGUCCAUCAUCCCUCGUGGGAAGGGACUGGGCUAUGCUCAGUACCUGCCAAAGGAGCAGUAUCUGUACACCAAGGAGCAACUGCUGGACAGGAUGUGCAUGACCCUGGGUGGCCGUGUCUCUGAAGAGAUCUUCUUUGGGAGAAUUACGACCGGUGCCCAGGAUGACUUGAGGAAGGUCACCCAGAGUGCCUAUGCCCAGAUUGUCCAGUUUGGCAUGAACGAGAAGGUGGGGCAGAUCUCCUUUGACCUCCCGCGCCAGGGGGACAUGGUAUUAGAGAAGCCUUACAGUGAAGCCACGGCCAGGCUGAUAGACGACGAAGUGAGGAUUCUCAUCAGCGAUGCUUAUAAGAGGACGGUGGCUCUCCUCACAGAGAAAAAGGCUGAUGUGGAGAAGGUCGCUCUUUUACUGUUGGAAAAAGAAGUGCUAGAUAAGAGUGACAUGGUUGAACUUCUGGGCCCCAGACCAUUUACAGAAAAGUCCACGUAUGAAGAGUUUGUGGAAGGCACUGGCAGCUUGGACGAGGACACCUCACUUCCUGAGGGCCUGCAGGAUUGGAACAAGGAGCGUGAGGAGAAGGAGAAGGCGAAGGAGGAGCCCCUGAGUGAGAAGGUUGUCAGCUAGGCCCAGGGCUGGAGGCCCCUUUACUCUGUCCGCCUAGGCUCCAGUCUGCAGUUUCAGCAGUAGCAGCCUUCCAAACAACAGCCCUGCUACAGAGCGAGCUGCUGACUCAGACAGGCUGAGAGGACUGCAGAGGGCCAGCAACUGCCCAGGGCUCGGGAGGGGACUUUGCUGCCCCACAGCCUUGGCCUGGAGAGCAGUGGCCACAGCAGGAGGGACAGCACCACCUGAAAAGGCCUGUCCUGUGGAAUCCUAUUACGUGGGAGAAUUUUUUUUUCCCAUCACCUACUCUUCAUUCCUCCUCCUUUGAUAUCUCUGCAGAUGUGCUGUGAACCUCAGUUGGAAUCCUGAUAAGAAUAUUUUGAUUCAACCAAAUAUUUUAAAUUUUGAAUUCAGAUCACUUGUUGCUGUUUUAAUGGAAUGGUUUUCUAUAGAAAACUGUAACAUAUUUAAAAACAUGAAUGUAUUGUGUAAAUAUGGAUUCUUUACAUCAGAAAUAAAAGGUGGACAUUGUAGUUUUUUUCCUGAACAUGUGAAGGGUCAACUAAGAUGUCUAAUUUCAAGAAAUUAAGUGUUCUUUGUCUUUGGAGAUGAAUUCCUCAAAACCUCACCUUGCUGCUCUCAUCAGUUCCCACAGAAAGCUGCAGCCUUCCAGAUUCAUUUCCUGGACCAGUGCUGUCAUUGGGAGCUGCACCAGCUAGGUUCCCUGUGAGCUGGUCAUGACCAGGUGUCCAUUGUACGACUGGGCAAGGCUGUCCUGAGCUAUCUGGAGUUCAAAGCAAAUGGAUCUGGGUCCCAGGUGGUAACUGCUGCUGUUGCCAGUCACCAGAGGGAGUUAUAAAGAUUGCACAGUGAGGACUGACUCUCAUCUUCAAAUGCCAUUGUUUGAGCUUAGAUGUAUGAGCUAUCAGAUCUCGAGACUGCUGUUGUGGACAGUUGUGAGCUGCCUUGGAUGUGGAUGCUGGUUAUGGACCCUGGGUCCUGUAAGAGAACAGCUGCUGUUCUUAAUGUCUCUCCAGCCUUUAUUUUUAAGUGGUGUGUCUGCCUGUGAGUGCAGGUAUCCAUGGAGGCCAGAAAAAACA